CCGGCUGCCAGCGGCCGCGCGCCCAUCCGUCGCCGGGAGUCCUGUCUUUGUUCGGGGCGCCCAGCUGACCCCAGCUGUUGCACCUGUUCCUCUUCGUGCUAGUGAGGAAUGUCUUUGAGGCAAGAUCCUAAAAGACUCUCCUUGAAUCAGUUCCAGAUAGAGGAUUAAUCUCCUCAACAACAAAGCCCAGAAUGGCCACAGCCCUGGAACCUGAGGAACAGAAUGGACUUCUGAUGAUAAAGGUAGAGGACCAUUACUCCGUUUCACAAAAGUACAGUCCUCACAGGAGAGACCUCUUCAGGCAGCGCUUCAGGAAGCUCUGCUAUCAGGAUGCACCUGGACCCCGUGAAGCUCUUACCCAGCUCUGGGAGCUUUGCCGCCAAUGGCUGAGGCCAGAGUAUUAUACCAAGGAGCAAAUUUUAGACCUGCUGGUGCUAGAACAGUUCCUGAGCAUUCUUCCCAGGGACCUGCAAGCAUGGGUGCAAGCACACCAUCCAGAGACUGGAGAGGAGGCGGUGACUGUGCUGGAGGAUCUGGAGAGAGAGCUUGAUGAACCCCGAAAGCAGGUCCCAGCCAAUUCAGAAAGACAGGAUAUACUGUUGGACAAGUUGGUCCCCUUGGAAAAGCCACAUGAGUCACUGACUGACCAGCUCCAUCCCAAGAAGACCCAGCUGGAGCAGGAAUCUAGGGAGUCCCAAAGGAAUGGUGAUAAAACCAAGACUAAGAAAGAAGAGUUGAACCAGAAGGAGGAUAUGCCCAAAGACAUGGAAUUCCUUGAGGAGAUAAACAUUAGAUUUAACAAAGAGGUUCCUCAGCAUCCUGAAUCCAGAGGUGCUAUUGAAAGUGAGGGCAGGUUAGAGUGGCAACAGAGAGAAAGAAGACGGUAUAAAUGUGAUGAAUGUGGAAAAAGUUUCAGUCAAAGCUCAGACCUUAGUAAACACAGGAGAAUUCACACUGGAGAGAAGCCCUAUAAAUGUGAUGAAUGCGGAAAAGCCUUCAAUCAACGCUCACAUCUUAUUGGACAUCACAGAGUACACACUGGAAUGAAACCCUAUAAAUGUAAAGAAUGUGGGAAAGAUUUCAGUGGACGCACAGGUCUUAUUCAGCAUCAGAGAAUCCACACAGGCUUGCUAAGAAACACUAUAAUGCUUAGAAGCUAUCCACAGUCUUUAAAGGGGAAAUGCAUGUUUCUGGUCUUAUUCUUCCUUGAAUUUAGAGAGGCUUCUAUAAUGAGAAAUGACUCUGACUGCCACAAGACUUGGAGUCCGAAGAUUGCAAAAACACAACAGACUGAUUUUCAUAUUACAGAACAUUCAAUUUAGCUAGUAGCUUUUGAAUACCUAUUAUGUACAAAAUACCGUUCUAGUCUUAGAAUUGGACAUUCUCAAUGGCUAGGUAGAGAGUAAUUUGGAGCACUGAAACAUGCUGCUAUGCUUUUUAAGUUUGGUGUUGAUUCCCAGAUUGCCAUCAGUUCCACUGCAGGUUUAAGGUGUUGGCUAGAGGGGCAAUGUUAAGAGUCAGGGAGGGAAAGAAAAAUAUGGGGCCAGGGACAGCCUGGAGUAAAGUAUGCAAGAGAAAAAAAGGCCACUGGGAUCUGGGGCAAGUGCAGGCAAAAACCAAAAGAGUCAAGAGGCCAAAAGAGAUCUAAUCAAAGCAGUUGGAAAUACUAUAGAGAAGCAGGCAAUAUCCUUGUAAAUCUGUAGAAACUCACAGAAGAAAUCAAGGAUGGUGCAACCAGUUGGAAAGACUACUGAGUUCAAGCACAGCCAGUUAUUGGUAGAGAAAAUGUAACACGUUGAACACGGUUAUCAAAUUCACUGGUUCCCAGCAGAGAGCACUCCUGGAUGGACAGCACCUGUUCUCUUAAAAGAAUUCUGAACAUGGAAAGCAGCUUCUAAGAGAGUUGUGUCAGAAGCAUAAACAUUGCUCCUCCCAUCCUUAUGGAGGGAUUCUUUUAUUUAUUUAUUUUAUUAAUAAAUUUAUUAUUUUAUUUUGAGAAAAGAACUUGUAGUUUUAAGAAGACAGUGAUUGUAAGUGGCUGCUCUAGGGAACAUGAGUGUUGGGGUGAACUGGUGAUUCUGAAUGAGAAGGAGCCAACAGCCACAAAUGGAGAGAAAAGAUGAGUGGGAGGCAAGAGGCUAUAGGAAGUAUGUGUGGGCAGUGAUGAAGGAGAAAAUGAGACAGAGGAGAAAGGAAUGGAAGGAAAAAUGAACAAACAAAAAGAACAACAAGAGCAUAGGAAAUAGACAAAAGAUUAAAUAAGGAAUGCAGAUAGAGGACAGAGAGAAGGAGACAAGUAAUCCUAAUACUACUUUGGCAUCAAUCAUAUUUGAGACAGUGGGGUCAUAUGAUACAUACAGAAGUGAACAGAUCAGCCUCUGCUCCCAAGGAGCUUGAGUCUAAUGUAAACAGCACACAUCACUUAUCUUUACUGAAUUGGGUCCACAUUCUCAUUCUGAGCGUGAACUCUUUUCAUUAAACUCGAAUCACAAAGUCUGUUGACGGUGAAAACACCUGGAAGCUUGGAAAUGCUUUGCCCCUUAGUAAUAUCACAAGGGAAUUAUACUGAGGUUGUAAAAGACGAGCUAUCUCAAUUUUUCUUACUCAGAUCCUCUAUAGCAAGAUUUCUCAGCCUUGGCUCUACUGACAUUUUGCUCCAGAUAAUUCUUUGUUGUGGAGAGCUGUCCUUUGCAUUGUAGGAUGUUUAGGAGCACCCCUGACCUCUACCCAGAUACCAAUAGCACUCCCAAUUGUGACAAGUAAAAAUGUCUCUAGACAUUGCCAAAUGUCCCCUGAGGGUGGUGGUGGUGGGGGGUGGUGGAAAAUCACCCCUGGCUGAGGACUACUGCUCUAUAGGAAAGUGAUCUGAUUUCCAUAACUGUUUCACAUCAUAUACUAUAAGAUGAUUCUAUUUAGAAAUGCUACAUGUGACAAGCACUGCUGGACCCUUUGCCUUCCCCACAUUCUGUAUCUAAAAGCCUUUGCAGUAACCAUGCUAAAGAAACAGUCUACUUUAGGAAGCCAUACCUCCCAUACUUGAAAGGGUCAGAGGAAUUUGUCUUCAAAUCUGACUUGCACAAAGGGCUGACACUGCAUUUUUGCAGCUUUCCUUCCUUCCACCAAACCACACUUCUGGUGCUACCCUCUCCUUUGCCCCUUGACCCAACCAUGAACACUGAUAUCUUACUCUUGAUCUAGAGCUGCACUAUACAAUACAGUAGCCUCUUAGACACGUGACUACUGAGCACUAGAAAUCUGGCUAGUGCAUCUGAAGAGCUAAUUAUUUUAACUUAAAUUUAAAAAUUGAUAGUUGAUUCAAUUAUUGGAAAACUUUUAAGUAUGUUUGGAACAACUUGGGUAUGUGAAUCUACUUUUUCAACUUUAAAUUUUAUGAAAUCUCAAUAUAAAGAAAGUAUUUUUAGUGAAAAUUUAGUAUCUGAAUGGAAAUAUGCUGUAAGUAUAAAAUAUACACAAGUUUUUAAAGACAAUAUAAAAAAUAUAAAAUAGUUCAUUAAUAAUUUUUAU